UUCCCGGCAAGCCCCGCUCGCGGGCGGCCGCCAUUCCCGCGCCCGGAUUUCGCCAUCGCGGGGGCCGGCCGCGGGAGCGCCCCCGCCGACGUCCCGGAGCCGCAGCCUCAGCUUCAGCCCAUGUGGGGGAUUGACUGGGACUGAGGGAGCCACCUGGAAGCAUGGAGACCGUGGUGAUUGUUGCCAUAGGUGUGCUGGCCACUAUCUUUCUGGCCUCGUUUGCUGCGUUGGUGGUGGUUUGCAGGCAGCGCUACUGCCGGCCCCGAGACCUUCUGCAGCGCUAUGAUUCCAAGCCCAUUGUGGACCUCAUCGGCGCCAUGGAGACCCAGUCCGAGCCCUCUGAGCUGGAGCUGGACGAUGUUGUCAUCACCAACCCCCACAUCGAGGCCAUUCUGGAGAAUGAAGACUGGAUUGAAGAUGCCUCGGGUCUCAUGUCCCACUGCAUUGCCAUCUUGAAGAUCUGUCACACCCUGACGGAAAAACUUGUUGCCAUGACCAUGGGCUCAGGGGCCAAGAUGAAGACCUCAGCCAGCGUUAGUGACAUCAUCGUGGUGGCCAAGCGGAUCAGCCCCAGGGUGGAUGAUGUUGUGAAAUCAAUGUACCCGCCGUUGGACCCGAAGCUCCUGGACGCGCGGACAACUGCCCUGCUCCUGUCUGUCAGUCACCUGGUGCUGGUGACCAGGAAUGCCUGCCACCUGACUGGGGGCCUGGACUGGAUUGACCAGUCACUGUCGGCUGCUGAGGAGCACUUGGAAGUCCUUCGAGAAGCAGCCCUGGCUUCUGAGCCAGAUAAAGGCCUCCCUGGCCCUGAAGGCUUCCUGCAGGAGCAGUCGGCCAUUUAGUGCCUUCCGGCCACGCAGCCGGUCGCCAGGGCUGGCGUGCUGCCACUGCCGGGUGGCUCAGCCGCGCCCUCCACUUUCCCCUGUAGAGUUAGUUGUCCUCCAGUCGAGUGUGUGUUUAGUGAAGCAGGAGGGCCCCGUCUGUCAGUGCCUCUGCUGUAGUUGCGGAGGGUGGCUGGUGAGGGGCAGUGUGACGCUGCAGUUCCGGGAGGUGACAGUCGCCGUCUGUGCAGUAGCGCUUUGGAGACUGGAGGGCCUUAAGCUUUAUUUAGCUCACCUAGUGUUUUCAGGAAAAUCGAGCCACCAUCUGAGAAUCAGGAGGUUUCACAUUAAAAUCAGAAUUUCUGGCUUCUCUCGAACAAUCAGA